AGGUGGAGAGUUAGUUAGUUAGAGACGUUAUUCACCCUUUCCCUCACAUUCACUCUCCCUAUUACCCGCCAUUCUUUUUCUGCAAUAUCCAAGCCAAAUCCCCUUCACAUUUUGGUGCCUUUGUUGUUUGACUCCACUUGUUUUCUUGAUUUGAAUAUUUCUUCUCCCAAUUCCAAGUUUGGAGAAAGAAAUAAAAAAUGGCAUACAGAAGGAAGCAGGGGAUCAGCAGAUCCUCCACAUUCCAAGAAGAGAGCAUUUUUCGUCCCCCUGGAGACGCGAAGCAAGGGAUCAGCAGAUCAUCUACAUUCCAUCAUGAAACCACUUUCCGUCCCCCAGGGGACCCUUUUUCAUCGUCGUCUUCUUCUUCUUCAUCCUCGUCUCUCGCGGCUCAGGCUAUUAGAGCCUCAGCUGCUCAUCGUGAUCGCUCCUAUCAGGAUGCUCUUUCGAAUGGUUAUAGCGAAAAUGAGGCAGGUGGAUUUUGGGGAGUUUUAGCGAGGAAAGGCAAAGACAUUCUUGAAGAAAGCCAGGAAGGACGCACAGUUGUUGAGACGUCGCAAAAUCAUGUCUUGAAUGGACAUAGCCCAUGGCAGAUGCAAACAACUCGGCCACUAACACAAACACAAACUAUUCAUGAAGAUCAAUUAAAGGCUUCUCGCGACGUGGCAAUGGCAACUGCAGCAAAAGCAAAAUUACUACUACGAGAGUUAAAGACUGUUAAAGCAGAUCUUGCUUUUGCAAAGCAACGUUGCUCUCAGCUGGAAGAAGAAAAUAAAAUGCUUCGAGAGGCUCGUGAAAAGGGAGACAACCCUGCGGAUGAUGACAUGAUACGGCUUCAACUGGAGACGCUGUUAGCAGAGAAGGCUCGUCUAGCACAUGAGAAUUCAGUUUACGCUCGUGAGAAUCUCAUCUUAAGAGAGAUUGUGGAGUACCAUCAAUUGACAAUGCAGGAUGUAGUGUAUUUGGAUGAAGGAUUUGAAGAAGUAACAGAAGUUUCCCCAAUACCAGCUGUUUCAAGAAUGCUCUCAGCUUCACCUCCAUUAUCCCCUAAAUCAAGAGGCACACCAUCUAGAAACUCCUCUGUCACAAAUUUAACAGCUCUAGUGAAUACAAGUACUGUUCAACACAAUGAAGAACCACCAAGAACUUCAACUUCUUCCAAGGGGAAAGAUUUAACACGAACAUGAAUCUAACUGUUGAGAUCAAGUGCCAAUCAUGAUUUGUUUUCAUCCAUAAUUAAUAUUUGUCUAGUAUUAUUCUCUCUUGUCCUUUGUAUUGGUCGAUUUUUGACACAUCUAUUAAGAAAACCAUUUGAUACUAGCAUUAAUCAUAAGGGUUAUUUGACUGAGUUACCUUUUAGUAUCUCUUUUCAAUUUUUUUCAUAAGAUUGGUAAGACUUCUUAGAAAUUUGUAGAGAUCAUUUAUUGGAGUAUGGGUGGAUUUGAAAAAAUAAUAAUUAUUGCCCCUUCUUGAUUUUCUAAAACGAUAACUAUUUUUGACUAAAUUUGUUUGGCUACAACAACGAAUAAAAUAAAUUGGAGGGAGUAUAAUUGAUACAGAAGCUGAAAAAGAAGAAAACUACAACUAAGAGGAAAGCAAAUAGUAGGAAAUAUAGCUAAUGAUUCUCAUUAAUGGUGGAUAAUUACAAUAUAAGAAUUAUGUAUGCUGAUACCUGGCUAUGAUUCCCCAUUCUGCUAAUUGUAAGUAACUAGUUAGAACUUGUUAUAUAACAGACAAACAAAGAAAAGGGUGCAAUGUGUAAUAACAGAAGCUUAUAAAUAAGGAUAGAGGGGACUAAGUGGCUAUUCCCAGAAUUCUUUCAACUCAUUUCCUAACCAACUUAACUACCAAGUUCUAUCUUUUGAGCUCAAUGUACUACUACCCAAAGCUGAUCUUAUAUACUUCGUAUCAGAUCCCCGUUGUUAAAAUCUUACUUCUCCUCAAGAGAUGGUUGAUCAGAUUAUAUUAGGACUUGUGUGAUAGCCUUGUUACACUUCUAUAUCAUACGCCUAUCCAAAAUUUUAUGUGGUUGCGAACAAAAGGGACUAGAGAUAUCAAUCACUAGAGGGUGUGAGAUGUUCUCAGGUAGCUUGUGACACAACUUUAGUUGAGAUACAUGAAAUAUUGCGCGCAAUAAAAGUUGUGAGGGAAGGGAUAGUUUGUAGGCCACUUCAAUUUUCUGCGGAAUUUGAUAGGAUACAUAGUACUUAGCAGAAAAUAUUGUAAAAUGAGUUCCAAACAUGGAUACUUGUCUGUAAGGCUGAAUUUUUAAUUAAAACCCCAUUCUCUUCUUUGAAUUGCCUGUCUGACCUAUGCUUAUUGG